GAUUCCCCAGCUCAGGUAGCGAUUUGUUGUCUAACGGCAUAUAAUUGAUCAACCUUUGCUACUGUGCUUGUCAACACUGUGGGCUUGGAAUCUGUGCCCAGUAAUCUCUUCACUAUCACCGCCAGCUGAAAACAAAGCAACCAUGGCACCAGUCUAUGCAGACCACCCAUUCCCCCUUAUCCAGACUCCUGUGUUUGCAGCGAAACAAGACCCGCAUGCAAAGGUGGACAGCUUCGACCGUGCCGCCUCGGAAAUGGCCAAUGCGCACAAUCUCAUGAUCCGCGGCCUUAAUUCCAUCUAUCUUCAAGCUCCACACAUCACAGCUCCCGACGUAAAACCCUUUUGCCGGUACAUUGCGGCUUUCACCAACCUGAUUCACGUCCAUCACCACGGCGAGGAGACACAUUUCUUUCCAGAGGUAGAGAGGUUGUCGGGGGUGGUGGGAAUCAUGGAGACGAAUGUCCAUCAACACGGCGUGUUCAAGAAAGGGCUACACGAUCUGGAUGAUUACAUUAAUGGUGUUCUGGCGGAUAAACAGGAGUAUGACGGUAAGAGGGUAGCGCAGAUGAUUGAUGUAUUUGGGAAAAGUCUCGUUGAGCAUCUGCGGGAUGAAAUCCCUACGUUGCAGAGGUUGAGAGAGGUGGAUGGAGAGGGAAGAAAGAUGGCGGAGGCGAUUGAGAGGAUCAUGGGGGAGGAAGGGGAGAGUUCGAUGAAAGCACUUGGAAUGCCUGGCAUGUUGUGGUGUUUUGCCAAUCUGGACAUCCACUUCGAGGACGAUAGAUGGCUGGACUGGCCUGCUGCACCGGGCCCUGUCAAGUUUCUGUAUCGGAAUGUGUUCUGGUGGGUUUAUACUGAUCUUAGGAAGUUUGGAUCAGUUGACAGGAACGGCAAGCUGAGGGCUCUAUAUGCUGUUCCCAAGUCAGAAUAAGGUAGUGUGUCUGGGGAUGGGCCCACUUUAUGGACGGUUCGGUUUUGUUACUACCCCUGUUUGCCCCUAUUUGCCCCCUUUAUCCUCUUAUUUCUUGCUGCUUUUUGGAUGGACACAUGGUUGCAUAAAUAUUGAAUGGAUCUGAUUACAUAGUCUGAGCAGCGAUAUCAACAUGCAUGGGAAUGGAUACGUGUGGACAUUGCGUUACAUGUUGAGGACUUAAAGAUUUGGUAAUUCACACGCCUUUUGAUCA